CCUGAUCUAAACUUAGCUCUGCCAGAACCACUCCUCAUCAAAACAUGCUCCACAAAAGAUUACAAAAGGAGUCCAGUUACGACAGACUCAGACUAUUUUGUGCCUGAGCCUCCUACAACAAGCUCGGCACUCAUUCCUGGUAGCGAUUAUGAUGGAGGAAAAAAGGCAGGAGAAACAUUAUCAAGAUAUAAACUCUUCAUCUCACCAAGAAAGCUCUCAAGGAACAAGUCUGAACAGCUCUGCACUGAAGGCUGCAGAACCUGCGAGCGUGGCCACGCAGUCUUUCUCUUCUCUGCUGCCAAAGGCUCUCUCUUCUGUGCUCCAUUCAGCACUUCCACCGAGUCAGAACUCAGCUUCCCAGAACUGUAGAAACCCUAAUGGCCACUCACCGAACCUGGAACGGUUACAGACAGAGCUGAGAGACCUGCGAGACCAGUUCGAACAGAUGAAGAGCCAGCACAACAAAGAAAUUAAACUGUUAAUGAAUGAACUUGAUGAGGAGAAGAGGAUUCGCCUAACUUUGCAGAUGGAAAUUCAGCGUAUCAAGAAGCACAUGUCCAAAUAAGCAAAAGGAAGCCAUCAAAGAAAAGGAAUUCUGAAGUGAAAACAGACAUUUCAUGAACUUACUUGAUGGAUGUUUCUGUGCAAGUUUUUAAACAAAUAUUCCCACUUCUUUCUGGUGAUAAAGUAUCCGCUAAAGUGGAGAAAAAUAACGGUGGGAGGUUGGAAACUCGUCGGAUUAUGGAGUGAGCCGACCAGAAGAACUAUUUACUGCUAGAAGAUGAGGCCCAGCUUGAUGUGACUCAGCCUGAAAGGCUCCAACAAACUGCUUCCUCUUGAUAUGGAUAUUGCAUCUCAUCAUCACAUACUAAACUUUAGGCUCAGGGGAGCAUCAAGGGACUCCUUUCAGGAUCUUUCAUAAAAAAAUAAAAUAAAUAGAAAAAAUUCCAAGCAGAAGAAAAUAAUGAAGCAAAAACAUUUUUUGUAGAAGAGAACAGACGUAAACUUUUAUCACACUUAGAGGAAGAAAAAGAAACAGCGGGUUAUUUAUUUAAAGAAGCUUUUUAUUGAAUGCAAAUGUGAAGGAGUAUAAUGAAAUAAAAAAAUAUGAAUUUG